AGUGUGGCCACUAGUUGACGGUGUAGCAACAUUGCCGACAAGCUAAACCGUAGAAGAAGACUAAAGGCUAAUACUGUACACUUACUGCGACAUUUUGCUAAUGUGAGGCAGAAAAUAUAUUAAAAAUGGACAAAAAGAAGAAACCGUUUGACGUGACAGCCUCUUCGCUGGUGGACCUGAAAGCUGAACUGUACAGAAAGCAGGAGCAAUUCAAGCAGGAGAGACUUGGACAAGAACACAGUAGCGCUGGAUAUAAAGCACCGAAAGUGAAGAAACCUAACGUUUGGAACAAGCAAAACUCUGGUGUUUCUGCUAGAGCUGACAAAGAUGCAGAGCAACUGGCUGAGGAGCAGCAAAGCAUUGACAAUGCAAGGAGCAAGCUGGAGGAGAAAGCCAAACUCUACGAGCAGAUGACGAAAGGAGACUUUCCAGAUGAAGAAACCGAGGGUUUGUACCUGGUGGAUUUUGCUCAGAAGAUUAUUGACAAAAGAAGAGAAGGACGUGCAGAAAGUGAGGACGAAGAAACGAGAAGAUUGUCUCCUAUUCCCCCUCCUCAGAACCCAGAUGAGGAAUGGGUGGACUUUGUGGACGCUUUGGGACGAUCUCGACGAUGUAUGAAGAAGGACUUGCCAGAUUUUAAAAAACUAGACCAAGACCUUCAUGGAAAUGGAAGAGUGCCCACUGACAAGACCUUACUGUCAGAGGACAUGCGCCGAGACCUCCAGAGGCAGGAGUGGGAGCGAGAAGAAGAGGAGGCCAUGAAGAAGCCCGUUGGACCCAUUCACUACGAGGACAUCAGGGCCCAAGAGGCUCGGGACCUGGGUGUUGGCUACUUUGCCUUCGCUCAGGACGAGGAGAAUCGAGCAAAGCAGAGGAAGACCUUAGACAUGCUGAGGGAUCAGACAACCGACCAGCGCAGCAAGCGGGAACGAUUGAAAGAGAAGAAGAAGGCCAUCCUGCAAGCCAGACUGGCCAAAAUAAAGCAGAGGAAGAUUAAGGCAAAGGGCGGUGUUGUUUCAGAAGAAGAACCGGUCGAGGAAGAGAAGGAAGAAGAGGAGGAUGAGAUGGCACCCUCGCCUCCACCACCAGAGGUCAGCAUACUGAAGAAGGUGGAAGUGGAGAUUCAGGAAAGGAGGGACACCAAACCUGGAGUCCCUUAUGUCCGAGAAUGGGACAGAGGCAAAGAAUCCAUGUUCAGCCAGUGGAAAGGCCGGCGUCAGGAGGAGCGAGACUCCGAGUUUGCGCCUCCCUCCGCAUACUUUUCCGAGGAGUGGCGUCCAAGACCUGCAAAGACACGCAUCCCAGAAAAGAAGAUUCCUAAAAUGUCAUUUAGGGGGACACAAGUCUCGGAUGAGACCACUGAGAAAAAGGACGAUCCGCAGCCUGCUGCUAAAGUUGAUCCCCCUCAUCCUCCUCCUACACAAAACCCCCCAGUCCAACCACAGCCUCCGCCCCCAUGUCGCCCUCCCGCUCCUCCCCCUGCCAACCGCCACUAUCCCCCUCCUCCUAUGUAUCCACAUUUUGCUCCUCCCCAAUUUGUAUGUCCACCUUUCCCAUUUCCCCACUUACGGCCUCCCUGCCAAAACCAGUACCCUCCACAGUGUCCACCCCCUAUGCCGCGUCCCUUCCAGUUCCAGCCGCCCCCGCGACCCACGGACCCCAUCCCACCUCAGCCGUCCCCGCGAGCCACGGACCCUGUCCCACCUCAGCCGUCCCCGCGAGCCACGGACCCUGUCCCACCUCAGCCGUCCCCGCGACCCACGGACCCCGUCCUACCUCAGCCGCCCCUGCAACCCACAGAGGUUCCACAGGCUCAGCAGCCCCCUCAAGGCUCCUCCCAAAGUCUGGCCGACAUGUUGUCCUUCUACAGGAACGCCACCUGACAAAGUGUGUGGAGAAAGUCAAGAAGGUAAUCUCUUUUAUAUGAAAUUCACACAUGUGAGUAACAACAUCAAGUGAGAUGUUGUCAAACAUCCCACCUCACUCAUUUAGUAUUUAAUAAAUGGAAGCAAAUAUUCUGACUUG